AAGAAGACGUACACCUUUAUUUUCUUUGUCUCUUUAUAUAUGGUACUAACAAUUCCUUAAAUAGAUGCCUAACUAGUCAACAUCGUCCUUUUCCAACUUCCUAUAAUGUUCAUCAUUUCUUCAUAUAUCUCCUUCACCAGAAAAAUAAACAAACAGAUGUGACAAUAAAUUAACAUCUAACAUUCUCAUUUGUGAGUGACAGAGAAAUCCUCAAAAAACAACAUAGAAAAACAAAGGCUUUUGCGUUGUUCAUCAAUUCACCAUGGCUAUGUUUCUUGGCUAUGCAGCAGCAACAAUGGUAGCACUCUUCUGCAUCGCACACUUCUUCCAUCGGAGACUAUGUUGCAGGUACCCCCUUUUCACAGAUUACCCUAUUCUUGGCAUGAUUCCACAGUUACUCUGUAAUUUGUGGCGUUGCCAUGAUUUUUUCACUGAGGUGUUGAAACAGCACGGUGGAACCGGUGAGUUCACCGGACCAUGGUUCACCAACAUGAACUAUUUGGUCACCAUUGACCCUCUCAACGUGCACCACGUCAUGAGCAAGAGUUUCCACAACUACGUCAAGGGACCCGUGUUUCGUGACAUUUUUCAAGCCUUCGGAGACGGGAUUUUCACCGCUGAUUCAGAAACCUGGAAAUUCAACAGGGAUCUCUUCCAUUCUCUCUUUAAGCAGAAAAGCUUCGAGGUGUUUCUGGAGAAAACCAUUCACAACAAGGUUCAGAAUAGCUUACUUCCCGUAUUGGAUCAUGUGCAGCAACAAGGGAGCGUGGUGGAUCUUCAAGAUGUCUUCAACCGCUUCACUUUCGAUAACAUAUGUUCUAUAGUUCUUGGCAAUGACCCGAAUUGUCUUUCCGUUGAUUUUCCCGAAGUUGAAAUCGAGAAGGCUUUUAACGAAGCGGAAGAGUCCAUAUUCCACAGACACGUAGUGCCAAGGUGUGUUUGGAAGCUGCAGAAAUGGCUUCAGAUUGGUCAAGAGAAGAAGAUGACAGAAGCAUGUAGAACACUUGAUGAGUUCAUAUAUUCAUGCAUAGCGUCCAAGAGAGAAGAUCUAAGCAGGUACGAGGAAAAUGAAACGGGAGAAACUUUUCAUGUUGACUUGUUAACAACUUUGAUGAGAGAAGGAAAGGGAAAAGGAGAAGCAGAUGAGGAUAUAUUUCUAAGGGAUGCUGUGUUCAAUCUUUUUGUGGCUGGGAGAGAUACCUUAACUUCAGCUCUCACAUGGUUCUUUUGGCUUGUUGCUACAAACCCUUUGGUGGAAGCCAAGAUUCUUGAAGAGAUGAAUGAAAAGUUUGGAAGCAACGAAAAGACAGUUUUGAGUGCAGAUGAGGUGAAAAAGCUGGUUUAUCUACACGGUGCUAUGUGUGAAUCAUUGAGGCUGUUUCCUCCCAUACCCUUCGAACGCAAACAAGCACUUAAAGCUGACGUGCUUCCAAGUGGUCAUGAUGUUAAUCCCAACACAGUUAUACUGUUUUGUUUGUAUUCAAUGGGGAGAUUUGAGGAAAUAUGGGGGAAAGAUUGCAUGGAGUUGAAGCCAGAGAGAUGGAUCUCACAGAAAGGAGGUAAUGUUUAUAUACCAUCUUACAAAUUCAUUGCUUUCAAUGCAGGACCAAGAACUUGCUUGGGGAAAGACUCGUCCUUUGUUCAAAUGAAGAUGGUGGCAACUGCUAUUUUGCAGAAGUAUCAUGUUCAAGUGGUGGAAGAUUGUGUUGCUAAGCCAAACCUUUCAAUCGUUCUUCUAAUGAAGGAUGGUUUAAAGGUUAAGUUAACAAAGAGAGAAACUUAAUCUCAUUAUCUCAGAAACAGAUAAACUUGUAAAAGAUAUAUAAUAAACCUAACGAUGGUGUAUAAGAUGUCUUUGGCUUUAUAAAAUAAAUUGGAAAUUAUCCCUUGAA